AUGGACAUGGUAAACAGUAGUGCCGUGCCAUUCUCCAUUGCACUUGUUUUCAUCGCUGCAGUAAUCACCAAGGUUGCCUGGGCAAAAAUAACAGCUGUUCCGGCAUCAUCAUUCAAUAAUACCCAGCCUCACCCCCCUGAGGUUAUUACUAGCAUCACCUCAGCCGUUCGACUUCUACAUACACUUGUCACCAAGGGUUUCACAUCCAUGCUUCAAGAGCAAUACACAAAGUUAGGAAGUGUGUUCACAAUAAGUUUCUUAGGGAUGAAAACAACAUUCCUGGCUGGGCCGGAGGUCUCGGCUCAUUUUUACCAGGGACUGGAGUCUGAGAUCAGUCAUGGUAAUAUCCUUGAGUUCACUGUCCCCAUGUUUGGCAAAGAUGUCGCCUUUGGUGUGGAUAUUGCCACCCGAACUGAGCAGCAUCGCUUCUAUCUUGAUGCACUAAAACCGGCUAAGUUGAGGUGCCAUGUUGCUCCCAUGCUUCAUGAAGUGGAAAAAUACUUUGCGAAAUGGGGACAGCAUGGUACCGUUGAUCUAAAGCAAGAACUGGAGCAGUUACUAAUGCUGAUCUCAGCGCGUUGCCUACUCGGGAAAGAGGUUCGGGAGAAGAUGUUCGACGAGGUUUUCUCUGCAUUCCAUGAACUCACAGAAAACAGCUUGCAGCUGACCAGUUUGCUGUUUCCAUAUGCCCCAACACCUACGACUCGACGUCGCGACAGGGCGAGUGCUAGGCUCUCAAGCAUUUUCGCUGAGAUUGUUCGAUCACGUAAGAGCUCCAACCGAGUCGAGGAGGAUGUUUUGCAGAACCUGGUAGACUCCAAAUACAAGGAUGGCCGACACACGACUGAAGCUGAGGUUACCGGGCUCAUAAUUGCCAUCCUCUUUGCUGGGAAGCACACAAGCACGACCAGCAGCACGUGGACUGGAGCUCGCCUUCUAAGCCACACAGAGUGCUUGGAGGCUGCCCUUGAGGAGCAGCAGCAAAUCGUCAAGAAACAUGGGGACAACAUAGACUACGAUACCCUUCUGGAGAUGAGUUUCCUACACUGCUGCAUCAAGGAGGCACUGCGGAUGCACCCUACAGCACCAAUAUUUCUUCGCAAGGUGCGCAAGAACUUCACCGUGCGGACUAGAGAAGGCUACGAGUAUGAGAUUCCGAGUGGACAUACCAUAGCAAGCCCUCUGGUGAUAAACCACAACAUUCCUUAUAUUUACAAGGACCCUGAUGUGUAUGACCCCCACCGGUUUGGUCAUGGAAGGGAGGAAGACAGAGUUGGCGGAAAGUUCACUUACAACGCAUUCAGUGGUGGAAGACAUGCUUGCCCUGGCGAAGCUUAUGCCUAUAUGCAAGUGAAGGUGAUAUGGAGCCAUUUGCUAAGGAACUUUGAGCUCAAGUUGGUGUCAUCAUUCCCCGAGACCAAUUGGCUAAAGCUUUCCCCAGAACCUAGAGGGAAAGUGGAGGUGAGUUACAAAAGACGGAUGCUACCUAGGAGCAUGUUGGAAAACUGA